AUGGCCACUUUGCAAUUUGCAUCAAUACAAGAAUAUUUUUAUCUAUCAACCAGGCCAACACCUUUCGCUAUCUCACCUACGUCCUUGUCCAGAAUUCAUGUUCUUAAAUCACAUCGCUUCCCUUUCCCCGCUUUAUCCACAGGGUGUCAAUUCCAUGUUAUCUACUCCGAAACUACUCCCCCCAUUCACCUAAUUGGUGUUCCAGACGUUGCAUUUGCCCCUUGCAGCAGAAUGAGAAUGUCUGAGGUGAUGGCUUCUUUUUUUUCUUCUUUACUGGAACAAGAGUUAUGUGUGUAG